CCCGGAAUGGGUGCGUGGGUGCUGCUGUCUCUCCCAUUUAACAAGACUCGUCCAGGUGAACAAGUCAUCGACCUGGACAUUCUUGAGCCGUCUUUUGGACAGAGAAAUGGCUCUGUUCUACUGUAGUUUGUGUGUAUUCAUCAGUGGGGCUUUGUGACUAGCCUGCAAACGUGACACCCGAUCUACUUUCGCCCCUCCUCCCUGACCUCCUGGAGCUUUAAAAAGCAGAUGCCUGGCUGAGACCAGGCUCACCUGCUCAUCGCACCUGCAUCCUUCACCUCCAUCAUGAGUCUGAGUCGAACCAAGCGGAUCAGCUCCAGCAGUUCAGUCAGGAACAGUGGGAGCAGCACCAGGAGGGUGAGCGGCUACGGACCGGGUCAGAGUGGCUUCAGUGGUGUCUCCCUGAGCAGCAGCUCACUGUAUGCCGGCACCAAUGGUCAGCACCACGCCCUGAGCCCCACGCUCACCUCCCUGUCGGUCAACAAGAGCUUGCUGGCCCCCCUGAACCUGGAGAUUGACCCGAGUCUGUCCCUGAGCCGGGCCCACGAGAAGGAGCAGAUCAAGAGCCUCAACAACAGAUUUGCGAGCUUCAUUGACAAGGUCCGGUUCUUGGAGCAGCAGAACAAAAUGCUUGAGACCAAGCUGGAGCUGCUGCAGGGUCAGGGUGCAUGCCGAUCCAACGUGGAGCCGCUGUUUGAAGCCUACAUGGCCGGUCUGCGGCGCCAGAUGGACCUGGUCAACAACGACAAGAUCAAGCUGGAUGGGGAGCUGAGGAACAUGCAGGCCCUGGUGGAGGACUUCAAGCACAAAUAUGAGGAUGAGAUCAACAAGAGGAACAAUCUGGAGAACGACUUCGUCAUCCGUAAGAAGGACGUGGACUCAGCGUACCUGGUGAAGGCCGACCUGGAAGACAAAGUUGGAGCUCUGACCGAUGAAAUCAACUUCCUGCGUAACAUCUACGAGGAGGAGCUCCGGGAGCUGCAGGCCAGCAUCAAGGACACCUCUGUGGUGGUGCAGAUGGACAACAGUCGCAGUCUGAACAUGGAGCAGAUCGUCGCCGAGGUCAAAUCUCAGUACGAGGACAUCGCAGCCCGCAGCCGGGAGGAGGCCGAGGCCUGGUACAAAAGCAAGUUUGACCAGAUGUCGGUGCAAGCCAGUCAGUUUGGUGACGAGCUCCGGGUGGUGAAAGGAGAAGUAGCUGAAGUCGGUCGACUGAUCGGUCGCCUGCAGAGCGAGAUUGAGGCCGUCAAAGCUCAGCGUGCCGGGCUGGAGAACCAACUGGCUGAGUCCGAGGAGCGGGGAGAACUGGCAGUGAAGGAGGCCAAAGCUCGGACCCGGGACCUGGAAGACGCCCUGCAGAGAGCCAAACAGGACAUGGCCCGGCAGCUCAGAGAGUACCAGGAUCUGAUGAACCUCAAGCUGGCGCUGGACAUCGAGAUCGCCACCUACAGGAAGCUGUUAGAAGGAGAGGAGGACAGACUGGGUCAGCAAGCCGUGCUCGGCAUCCACUCUGUCUCCAACUACAGUUCCAAAACUACCAACGGUCACCUUCAGAGCGGCAGCAUCAGUUCUCCUGCCACCAAACUGUUGAUCAAGACCACCGAAACCAGAGACCAGUCCAGAUACAGCACCCACUGACCUGCCACUGAAUCUGGGAGCUGCAGACUUAGAAGGACCACCAAUGAAAACGUAGCCGUGAAUUAGGUGAUGUUUAGUGUUGAGAUUAGAUUAGAAAAGUUUUGAAAUAUUCAACGUCGGCUGACUUUUGGAUCCCACGGUCAUCGUGUUGUCCAGCUGCGUCACGCUGACUGGGUCACAAUAAUCUCAGAGUAGCUGGAUCUUAUUAUAGCUCUGUUUCCUUCAGUGUUUGUCUGUCUGCACAUCAACGGUUAGUUAGGCCGGGGCUGGUGACAUAUAUGUGUUGGUGGGACAUGAUGUUGGGAAUAUUUGAAUGCAUCUGAUGACAUCACUGUACGCAUGUUAGAACUUGUUCUGUCAGUUGUUGGUUUGAAUAAAUG